AUGAUUGAUCACAUCAUUGAUGGAGUCUACAUUUCCGAUGCCAUCUCGGUUAUUGGGGCUACUCAAAUGAGGAAGUUGGAGGAGCUGAGGGUGAGUUUACGAACUUUGUUUUGGAAUUACAACUAUGUUACUUCAAAUAUCUGGGAUUUUAACUUAUUCUUAAUUUAAAUUGUAACGAAAAAUCAGUUUCCAAAUUUAAAAUAAUAUUUUUACAUCACUUUCAGAUACAACGGGUAUUGACAGUGUCAGCGAUGACUAUAGACGAGCUCAAGAAAGUCCCUGGAGUUCACUACAAGUUUUUGUUUAUGAUGGACUUGUCAUCACAAGAUAUACUGGGUGAUAACCUACUCGAAGAAGCCAUUCAGUACAUAGAAAAGGCGGUCAAAGAUGGAGUUAACAUCCUCGUACAUUGGUAGGUUUGUAAAAUACGGUUUUAGGCGGGCUUAGAAGUAGAAUAACUUAUGAAGAAUAGUAGAUGAUGUUACUCAAAGCUUUAAACUUAUUGGGACCUUGUAGAAAGAAGCUGGGUAAUAUUGUUGUAGGUACAUAGCAAAAUUAAAUGCAAACUUAUUUUUAUGUAACUAAUAACGUUUAGUGAAAUGGGAACUUCGAGAAGUGUAGCUGUGGUAUGUGGAUAUCUGAUGCGACGUUUUGAAUGGAGCCCUAACAAAGCCUUAGUUUAUAUCAAAGACAAACGACCGAAUGUACAGUAAGUACUACUUAUUUUUUAGGUAGAAAUUUUGUGAAAUUGUAGUUUUUAAAGUCAAUUGAUGAAAGAAAAGUUAUAUUUUUGAUUGACUAAUAACUAAUGUCACAACUUUUUUUACUUCAGGCCAAACGACGGAUUCAUGCGUCAGCUUGAGAUCUUCUACCAACUCGACUUCAAAUCCGACCCCAGAAGUCUCGCAACAGCACCAUUGUACCGAAACUUUUGCGCGGAUUCUGGCAACGUUCCCAAACUCCAUUCCCGCUCUUCAAUAACUGAUCCAGCCUCUACCUCAACAUCAGAUCCCCAAUCUCCCAUCAAUGUUCCAAAAGCAUCGAUGGAUCAAAGAUCGCCUGAAGUUUUGGAAGCUCAAUUCAAAUUUCGAUGUCGUAAGUGUAGAAACGAUCUAUUUUAUGAUACACACGUACUGUACCACGCGAAAGGUACACCUGGUACUACCGGAGAGACUGUGACGGAUGUUGAUGAUGAGCGAAGAUUGAGGAAAGCUUUCAGUUUGGAUGAUAGAUGUCGCUUCGAGUACUUUAUAACACCCAUGAAGUGGAUGGAUGCGGAUCAGUUUCAAGGAAAGGUAGGAUUACUGUAAUGUUUUUUGUUUUAGAUUAGCAAAAAAAUUGUAAGAAUGAAACGUUUACUGCGGUAAACAUAAGUUCAUGAUAAUAAAAUGAGGUAAUAUGGUUUUAUAGAUAAACUGCCCGAAAUGUUCAGAAAAGCUGGGUCAAUAUAUUUGGGGAGGUCGGAAGUGUCAAGGUUCAGAUGAAACAAAUUGUGGAACUCAUGGUAAGUGUUAGGUUGUAAAAUUUGUGAUGUUGUAAAAAACGACGUUUAUUAUGUAAGACAUUGUCAAAAUAGUAUUUUUCAAUGGCUUACUUUAGUAUCUCCUUGGUUUUACAUUCAAAAAUCAAAAGUGGACAAAACCAGACUCAACUCCUCGUUAAAAACCCCAAAUGUGUCAGUACCCACCGUUGUUAUCAGUUAA